CGCUCUUUAAAAUCGGACUUACAGGCUCCACAUUCAUAUAUAGGUAUACGGUAGCUUGUCAUAAAAUCUCAACGUAGGUCAAAACCGAGGUGGGCGAUUUUAUGCAUAGAAAUAAAAAUUAAUCUUUUUCCCAACGCACAAUUUUUUUACAAGGAUACUAUGCAAAUUAUAAUACUUGUAAUUCCUUGCACCGAAAUAUAGAAAAGUAAAAAACUGAAAGAUGUUUAGAAGAUUUCUUGCAGUUGCUUUGAAAAAUUUCUAAUAUUGUAAAAAACUGUUUUUAUAAUACAAGAAAGAACGCAAAUGGUUUUUGCGCACGCUCCAAAGCGGCAAAGAAACUUGUAUUCAAACGACAUGCAAGGUACCUCCUUUGCAAAGGAAAGUGGAAAAUACACAAAGGUGCUUGCCUGACAGAAAAUUUCUUAGAACGAAAAGUUUCAGGAUGUGUUUCCUGGUUAAUCCGGAGGCUUUGCACUCUGGUGUCCGGGUGGAGGUAUCUCGCAGAAGAAAUUUGAGGUUAUGAGUCCGACAGCUCCUCCGACCUUCUCCUCCAGCAACAUGAAUCGGCCACCUCCUAAGGAGGGAUCCCUCAGCUUGGAGGAGAAAAGGUUUUUAGUAGCUGUCGAAAGAGGAGACUUAGCCUCAACUAGGAGAUACCUAGAGAGUGCUAAGGAAACUGGAAUAAAUAUAAAUUGUACCGACCCUUUGGGUCGCUCUGCUCUGCUUAUGGCAAUAGACAACGAAAAUUUAGAAAUGGUCCAGCUUCUUAUUUAUAGUCAAGUAGAAACCAAAGAUGCUCUUUUACAUGCAAUAAACGAAGAAUUUGUUGAAGCUGUCGAAUUACUUCUUGAACAUGAGGAACACCAUCAUGUUAAGGGUACACCACACAGCUGGGAAGCUAUUGAUCGCGACAUUGCCACCUUCACUCCCGACAUCACUCCUCUGAUCCUGGCUGCCCACCGCGACAACUAUGAAAUUAUCAAGAUCCUGCUCGACCGGAUGUCCACGGACACCUGCGAUGCACCAUUGGACAUCCGUAUCCCUCAACCUCACGAGGUGCGAUGCGGUUGCGCGGAAUGCGUGAAGUCCAGCUGCGAGGACAGCCUUAGGCAUUCUCGAUCCCGUAUCAAUUCCUACCGAGCAUUAGCAUCGCCGUCCCUCAUUGCCCUCUCUAGCAAAGACCCCAUCCUCUCUGCGUUCGAGCUCUCCUGGGAGCUCAGGAGGCUGAGCUUCAUGGAGCAGGAGUUCAAGAACGAAUAUCAAGAGCUUCGACGGCAAUGUCAGAACUUCGCAACGGCCCUUCUGGACCACACACGCAGUUCAUACGAACUGGAGGCAAUGCUCAACUACGACCCGACGGGACCGGCUUUCGAGCAUGGAGACCGCAUGCAUCUCAGCCGACUCAAGCUCGCUAUCAAGUACAAGCAAAAGAAAUUUUGUGCUCAUCCAAACGUCCAGCAACUUCUCGCUUCCAUUUGGUAUGAGGGCCUUCCAGGCUUCCGAAGGAAAAACAUCCUCCUCCAGAUGGCCGAGAUCGCCAGAAUAGGCCUCAUGUUCCCUGUCUUCUGUACGGCCUAUAUCAUUGCCCCAAAGUCAUACCUAGGCCGCACGUUAAGAAAGCCUUUCAUCAAGUUCAUCUGUCACUCAGCGUCAUAUGUUACAUUUCUUUUUCUUUUGAUCUUGGCAUCCCAGCGAAUUGAAACUGUAGUCGUAGAAUGGUUUGGAACCGAUGAAAUGCGUGCUAGAUUGCAUAGUGAUGUCACUACCAAGCGCGGAGCACCUCCAAGUGUUGUUGAGUUGAUUAUUCUAACUUGGGUAAUGGGUCUUAUAUGGAGUGAAAUUAAACAGCUUUGGGACAGUGGUCCUCUGCAGUACAUUAACGACAUGUGGAACAUCAUCGACUUCAUUACCAACUCACUUUAUGUUGCAACAGUUGCCCUAAGGAUCAUCGCAUAUUUUCAGGUGCAAAAAGAGAUAGCCGCGGAUACCGGAACGGCUUAUCUUCCGCGCGAAAAAUGGGAUGCAUGGGAUCCUAUCCUCAUCGCCGAGGGACUCUUUGCAACAGCUAAUAUUUUCAGUUCGCUGAAACUGGUGUAUAUUUUUUCCGUGAAUCCCCACUUAGGACCUCUACAAAUAUGCCUUGGUCGAAUGGUUAUUGACAUUAUCAAGUUUUUUUUCGUCUACACCUUAGUGCUGUUUGCCUUCGCUUGCGGCAUGAACCAGCUGCUGUGGUAUUAUGCAGACAUGGAACGUCAGGUUUGUUUCUCAGGAAAAAAUGGUCAGGAUAGUAAGCUAGACCACUCUGCAUGUUUGACGUGGAGAAGAUUCUCAAAUCUGUUCGAAUCUUCACAAACUCUUUUUUGGGCAAGUUUUGGACUGAUAGAUCUUGACAAUUUCGAAUUAACGGGGAUUCAGAGCUACACCAGAUUCUGGGGACUGCUGAUGUUUGGAUCCUACUGUGUCAUCAAUGUCGUCGUCCUUCUCAACCUCCUAAUCGCGAUGAUGAAUCAUUCCUACCAAAUUAUCUCGGAACACGCCGACGUCGAAUGGAAAUUCGCCAGAACCAAACUCUGGCUGAGCUACUUUGAAGACGGGGCGACAGUUCCACCUCCUUUCAAUAUCAUUCCCACCCCCAAAAGCGCAAUGUAUCUCUUCCGAUGGCUGAAAAGGAAGUUCUGCGCCACUAGAACUGUCAAAAAGAAGGAUCUCAAAACUAUCAGGAGGAAAGCGAAGCAAGCAAGUGAAAGAGAUUUACGAUAUAAAAAAAUUAUGCGAAAUCUGGUGCGGCGCUAUGUGACUAAAGAGCAAAGAAAUGCUGACAACCAGGGAGUUACAGAAGAUGAUGUGAAUGAAAUAAAACAAGACAUUUCAGCCUUCCGAUUUGAAUUGAUUGAAAUUAUGAAGAACAGUGGAUUCAAUACAUCGAGCGCAAAUGAUCAGAUGCAAGGUGGACUCGCAAAAGGAACAGGUGGGAAGAAAGGCCGACAAAAGGAGCGUCGUUUGAUGAAAGGAUUCGAUAUUGGAGUAGUAAAACAACCAUUAAGUAAAUCAAGCCAAAAAUCUGAUGUAGAGGCUUCAACUAAAUCCCCCAGGACGCGGUGGUUAAAAUUAGCAAACUUGGCGAAUGGUAAAAAGCAAGUCAAAAGACCACAGGGCGCUAAAUGGCCAUAUAGUGAACGUAAUUCACGUAGUUCCAAAAACAAAAAUCAAGAUAGUUUAAGAAGUCAAAGUAUGGAAUCUAUUAGUUCCGAAGUAACAUCAGAGGCUGAAGCUACGCACAACGAUACUACCUCUAGUGAAUCAUCGAUGAGCCUGGCAGCUUCUAUAAACGGUUCCCACUUGCAAACUAUGGGAAGUAAUGAGGGAGUCACAAUUCUGAUUAGCGAUGAUGAAUUAACGAAAUGUGACCGUGCCACGAACACGGACACACCAGCCUUGAAGUGGUCCAAAUUAACAAGUAAACUAGGUAUGCUAACAUUACCUUCUCGCUUACGAAUGGCCUUUCACGAUGCUACUCCUGAAAAAGGACUGCCUCAUCAAAUAGACCACCCCCAACCGCCUAAGCUGCAUCAUGGAGAUGCAGCUAAAAAGGUUAAAGCUCGUCGAACGGUAAGUGCUCCUGCACCAAGUGCAAAUCCGAAGCAUCAUCAGCUAGUUAUGAGAUCUCAAGGAAAGACACCUUAUGCUUCGAUUCCAUCUGUAAGUGUUUCAGUUCAGAAUAGUGCCCAUACUCUCAAUUCUCUUUCGAGAAAUAUCGAUAGUGUAGAAGAAACACCACCAACUGGAAAUUCAUCUUUGAAUUCGCCGUCUUCCCCUAAAACGCCUAAGCUAAGAUUACAAGAACGUUAUCCAGUGCCUACUGUUCACAUCGAAGAAGAGGUGGUAGUCAAGGGAACCUCAGUUAAAGUGGCAUCUUCCAGGAAAGAUAGCAUCACUACGCUAAAGGAUUCUGAUGCUUCACAUUGCUCCACACCAGAAAACAACGCAGCGCCGGCGGCAAUAAUAAACAAUCCUCCGAGCGAAACUAUUGCAGCUAAUCAACCUGUAAGCCCUCAUAAACCCAGUAAUGGGACCUUGGGCUUAAUAUCUACGGUUUAUGGCAUUGAACCAGUUAACAAAGAGAUGAGAACUGGAUGGAUAUAAAUCGCACUCUCUCGAAGCAAUGCCAAAUCAAUUAUUUUUAUACAACUCUUUAGCACACGCGGAAUUCUCUCAACCAAAACAAAACCCUUAUAACUUUGAAACUGGCCAAUGGUUAAUUAAAAAGGAAAAAUCAAAUUACACUGCAGGUGUAUGCUUUCGCUGUUCAAAUUGAUUUUAAAUCACUGAAUGAAUACAUACGUAUCUUUUCCACAUAAGUUUGUAUAAAAUCAAAAUACAUCAUGUAGUAAAAUAAUUUAAAACAAUUUAAGCCAUUGAGCUCAAAAAUCCAUCUUUAAAAAAAUGACUCGAAAAUUCACGUAUACCAUUCAGGAAACAAAGAGCAAGUACAGAUAAAUUACAUAUUUGUCUGUCAAAAUAGAAAGGUAAAAUGAAAUUUGUCUUCAUGAAAUAUUGCAAUUUUAUGUGUGAUUUAUAUCAAAAUAUUGCAGUAGCAAACAUAAUAAUGAUGAAGCAAAAUUGUAUUUACUUCGAACUAUCCGUAAAACUCUCCCCGAUAUCUAAUUCACUUUGUUCAGAAAAAAUAUUGUAAGCAUAUACCUCUGCUUGUAGAUAAUUUAAUUUUUUUUUCCAUAUUUCGACAAAAUAUUUACCGACAUUUUUACUGAAUUAAAUAUUUUCCAGUUGUACCAAUAUAUGGAGAAAAUCGGAAAUUUAAUUAAGUCGAUUACGUUGACAAGUUGAACAAUAACUAAUUCACAUUCUAUACGUUCUACUUAUUUCCAUUCAUCUAGAAUGUUUUAUUAUUUUACUAAGAAAUCAAAUUCAGACGUCAGCAGGAUCUAGAUAUUAUACUUUUACACGCAAACUUCUAAAAAUGUGUGUUUUGCAAAUUGCUUUCGAAAAUUAAUAUUAUAAGAACAAAGAUGAUUCAUCCACAUUUAUUUACCAUCACCUAUAUUUAAAUAUUAAUUUUAUUCAUAAUUUGGCCAGUUUCAAUAGAUUUCUAAAUAAAUUUCUCGACAAAUAUAUCAAACAAAGCAUUAAACAGGACGUCCAAUGUAAACGCAGGAAAAACCACACACAUUAAAAAAAAUUGGCUCAUGUAUGCGCAUUCUAAACUUUUGAUACUUAAAUUAGCAAAUAAUUCAAUUAAAAAUAUCAAUUCUUCAACUCAAAUUAUGAACAAAUGAAGUUGGAUUCUUAAAUAAUUGCCUUAACAUUCUUUUUUUUUCCUUCUUUUCAUGAGAAUAUUGAACUACAACCGUGUAACUAAAGCCCUCCUUGAUGAGCUGAGACUAGCUGCAAUAACACUUUAGUUUUAUAUAUAUUCUACAGUAAGAAGGCUUUGAAUGUGUUUGAAAGGUUUUUAACCGUUCACAUACUCGAGUUCAUAUCCCCGUUCAUAAAAGCAGACAUGCGAAAUUAACCACGAUAUAUUUAAAUGACUUUAGAAAUCUAGACUAGUAGUAAACUGUACAGAAACAAGGUCAGCAUCUGUACUUGUCGAUAGAAGCUAUGAAAUGAUUGCCUCAAACUUGUGCAACAUAGAGCAAUGAGAAGAUUUUCAUAACAAUGGAUUUUAGACAUUGUUUGUGUAGCCAAGCCUGUUUCCUCACAUUGUAAGGAGUCAAAACAGCUGCUUUCUUAUUAAUUUAAUUUUUAUUAUACAUUUUUCGGAAUAAAGGUAUUGUAAUUUAAUGUACAAAAAGUUUACACACUUAGAAUAAAACUAUUUCUAAUAAAUA